CUUCUGCUGGGUGCUCCUGAUGAGCUGAGAUCCACAACAACCUUCUGCAGGUGUCAGAACCUGUCCCAGUUUCUUUUGAUCAUCUUGGCUCCUCUGCGUGAUUUAAGGAGGAUCCUGCCCCAGGCCCUGCUAUGGAUGUUGUGUAAUGUAAGAAGUGUGAACUGUGUAUUCUCUUUCUAAACAGGACAGUCUUCAGAAAUGUCAGCAUAUUGCCUGUUGUGGUUUGGUUGCAUGGCUGUUCACAGGAAAAAUACUGUUGGGAUAAAAGUUGACAAAGGCAGAGUGACUAAAACAGUAUGGAACCCAGCAGCCCCAGGAACCACCCUGCCCAGAGCCUGACAGGUCCCUUGUCAGGCUAGGAAAUGAUCUUCAAUAUUUCAAGAAGGAAUGGGCAGACACAAACAAUCAGUCACCUGCGAAAGAGAAAUUUCAGAGUGAAGAUUCCAGAUGUGAAAACUAAAAUUAGUUUGGAAAGAUCUUAGAAGAGCAUUUACUCACAUUGGUGCUGCAGUUGCAUUUUGAAGAUGGAUGUUCCUAAAAAAGAAGUGAAGUCAAAUGGAUGUUGGCGAGCACCCCAUGGCAGCAGUCACUUCAUUUCGCUUGUUCAGAGGGGACUCUAACUUGGAAGUCUUCUUUAGAAUGAAGAGGAACAAUUUAUCUGUUGGGAAUAAAGUUGUCCAGUCUUCACCAGCAGUGAAACAGCCUAAACUUGGGUUCUACUCUUCUCUCAACCAGACUCAUACAUACACUGUCCUUCUAGACUGGGCGAGUUUGCCUCACUAUGUAGUGUUACGCAUUUUUCAGUAUCUUCCUUUAAUGGAUCGGGCCCGGGCAUCUUCUGUAUGUAGGAGAUGGAAUGAAGUUUUUCAUAUUCCUGACCUUUGGAGAAAGUUUGAGUUUGAACUGAACAAGUCAGCUACUUCAUAUUUUAACUCCACUCAUCCUGAUCUCAUUCAGCAGAUCAUUAAAAAGCAUGCUGCCCAUCUCCAGUAUGUCAGCUUUAAGGUUGAUAGUAGUACUGAAUCAGCAGAAGCUGCCUGUGACAUACUUUCUCAGCUGGUAAAUUGUUCUAUACAGACUUUGGGCUUGAUUUCAACGGCCAAGCCAAGUUUUAUGAAUGUGUCAAAGUCUCAUUUUGUGUCAGCACUUACAGUUGUUUUUGUCAACUCAAAAUCAUUAUCAUCAAUCAAAAUUGAAGACACACCAGUGGAUGAUCCUUCUUUGAAGAUUCUUGUGGCCAAUAAUAGUGAUACUCUAAGACGCCUCAAAAUGAGUAGCUGUCCUCAUGUUUCAUCUGAUGGAAUCCUUUGUGUAGCUGACCAUUGUCAAGGUCUUAGAGAACUGGCAUUAAAUUAUUACAUGCUAAGUGAUGAACUUCUCCUGGCACUUUCAAGUGAGACCCAUGUUAACCUUGAGCAUCUUCGAAUAGAUGUUGUGAGUGAAAAUCCUGGACAAAUCAAAUUUCUUUCUAUUAAAAAACAAAGUUGGGAUGUACUCAUUAAACACUCCCCUGGAGUUAAUGUUGUUAUGUACUUCUUUUUAUAUGAAGAGGAAUUGGAGACGUUCUUCAGAGAAGAAACCCCUGUUACUCACCUUUAUUUUGGUCGUUCCAUAAGCAAAGCAGUUCUAGGACGGAUAGGUUUUAACUGUCCACGAUUAAUAGAGUUAGUAGUAUGUGCUAAUGGUCUUCAGGCUCUUGAUAAUGAACUUAUUUGUAUUGCUGAACACUGUAAAAACUUAACAGCCUUGGGCCUCAGUCAAUGUGAAGUUAGCUGCAGUGCAUUCAUUGAGUUUGUAAGACUAUGUGGGAGAAGGCUAACCCAGCUCUCUAUCGUGGAGGAAGUUUUGAUCCCUGAUGAUGAUUAUAGCCUAGAUGAAAUUCAUGCUGAAGUCUCCAAAUACCUGGGAAGAGUAUGGUUCCCUGAUGUCAUGCCUCUCUGGUAA